UACAGGAGCACCUUUCUCUUCUCUCUGCCGACUCACUCGCUCGCUCGCCUCCCUCCUUGGCACCAUGACCACCUGCAGCCGCCAGUUCACCUCCUCCAGCUCCAUGAAGGGCUCCUGUGGCAUUGGCGGGGGCUCCAGCCGCAUGUCCUCUGUCCUGGCCGGAGGGUCCUGCCGGGCCCCCAGCGCCUACGGGGGCCUGUCGGUCUCCUCCCGCUACUCCUCCGGGGGCGCCUGCGGGCUGGGGGCCGGCUAUGGCGGCAGCUACAGCAGCAGCAGCUUUGGUGGGGCCCUGAAUAGUGGUUUUGGCGGAGGAUACGGCGCUGGCCUGGGUGCUAGCCUGGGUGGUGGCCUGGGUGCUGGCUUCGGUGCUGGCUUCGGUGGUGGUGAUGGGCUCCUGGUGGGCAGUGAGAAGGUGACCAUGCAGAACCUCAACGACCGCCUGGCCUCCUACCUGGACAAGGUGCGCGCCCUGGAGGAGGCCAACGCCGACCUGGAGGUGAAGAUCCGCGACUGGUACCAGAGGCAGCGGCCCGCCGAGACCAAGGACUACAGCCCCUACUUCAAGACCAUUGAGGACCUGCGGAACAAGAUCCUCACAGCCACCGUGGACAAUGCUAAUGUCCUUCUGCAGAUUGACAAUGCCCGCCUUGCUGCCGAUGACUUCCGCACCAAGUACGAGACGGAGCUGAACCUGCGCAUGAGCGUGGAGGCCGAUACCAACGGCCUGCGCAGGGUGCUGGACGAGCUGACUCUGGCCAGAGCCGACUUGGAGAUGCAGAUUGAGAGCCUCAAGGAGGAGCUGGCCUACCUGAGGAAGAACCACGAGGAGGAGAUGAACGCCCUAAGAGGCCAGGUGGGUGGAGAUGUCAACGUGGAGAUGGAUGCCGCCCCUGGCGUGGACCUGAGCCGCAUCCUGAACGAGAUGCGCGACCAGUAUGAGAAGAUAGCAGAAAAGAACCGCAAGGAUGCCGAGGAAUGGUUCUUCACCAAGACAGAGGAGCUGAACCGUGAGGUGGCCACCAACAGCGAGCUGGUGCAGAGCGGCAAGAGUGAGAUCUCUGAGCUCCGGCGCACCAUGCAGAACCUGGAGAUUGAGUUGCAGUCCCAGCUCAGCAUGAAAGCAUCCCUGGAGAACAGCCUGGAGGAGACCAAAGGCCGCUACUGCAUGCAGUUGGCCCAGAUCCAGGAUCUGAUCAGCAACGUGGAGGAGCAGCUGGCCCAGCUGCGCUGCGAGAUGGAGCAGCAGAACCAGGAAUACAAGAUCCUAUUGGACGUGAAGACGCGGCUGGAGCAGGAGAUCGCCACCUACCGCCGCCUGCUGGAGGGCGAGGACGCCCACCUCUCCUCUUCCCAGUUCUCCUCUGGCUCUCAGUCAUCCAGAGAUGUGACCUCCACCAGUCGCCAGAUUCGCACCAAGGUCAUGGAUGUGCACGAUGGCAAGGUGGUGUCCACCCACGAGCAGGUCCUUCGCACCAAGAACUAAGGCGGCUCAACAUUGCUCAGGCUUAGGAGGUCCCCAGUGUGGACACAGGUCUCCCUGGGGGAUCCUCUCUCCUGCCCCACAAGUACACCAUACCCGAAUCCUGCCUCACCCUUGCUGACUUCUGGCAAUCAAUAAAGCUUCAUUAUCUGAGUUGCACAA